UUGCGAGUGGUUAAACUUCGCAAAAUGCCUAGGUAUUAUCCUACUGAAGAUGUGCCUCGGAAGCUGUUGAGCCACGGCAAAAAACCUUUUAGUCAGCAUGUGAGGAAACUGCGAGCUAGCAUCACUCCUGGGACCAUUUUGAUCAUCCUCACUGGGCGCCACAGAGGCAAGAGAGUGGUUUUCCUGAAGCAACUGAGCAGUGGCUUGCUACUUGUGACUGGACCUCUGUCCCUUAAUCGAGUUCCUCUGUGUAGAACACACCAGAAAUUUGUCAUUGCCACCUCCACCAAAAUUGAUAUCAGCAAUGCGAAAAUCCCCAAACACCUCACUGAUGCUUACUUUAAGAAGGAGAAGCUGCAUAAGCCCAGACACCAGGAAGGUGAGAUCUUCGACACAGAGAAAGAGAAAUAUGAGAUUACACAGCAGCGCAAGGUUGAUCAGAAAGCUGUGGACUCGCAAAUUCUGCCAAAAAUCAAAGCCGUUCCUCGGCUUCAGGGCUACUUCCGCUCUGUGUUUGCUCUCACGAAUGGAGUUUACCCUCACAAAUUGGUGUUCUAAAUUUCUUACAAAGAACCUAAUUAAAUAACAGAUCCAUC